AUGGCGUCCUCUCAAUUAAGAUCGAUUGGCGUGGUAGCACGCCAAUUGCGUGUCUCCCGUCGCGCAUUCACCACCAGUGCCCGCCACUUCGAGGCUGCCGUACCAUCAACCUCCAGAACCGAGACGUCGCCUGCCAUCGCUGAGGAGGCUCAAAUCAAGCCUGUUGAACAGGCCCCCAACCGUGUUGAUAUUUGGACUCGAAGCCAGAAGCCCCGAUCGAAAGCCAUGACUGGUCCUCGUUUCGAACAGACCGACUUCGAUCUCCAGCCCCAACCUCUCUCGGCUAUGGAAAUGAUUCACAAGGAGCCUGUCCGAUGGACACAUGACCGCGUCGUGGCCUGUGAUGGCGGCGGCGGCCCUGCUGGCCACCCUCAGAUCUUCAUCAACACCGACAAGCCCGAAAUCGCAACAUGCAAUUACUGCGGUAUCCCAUAUGCCAAUGAACACCACCGAAAGCACCUCGAGUCCCUCCCCAAGACUUCAUAUCCUUUGUCAUGA